AUUUAGAUUAAUACAAUAAAAAUCAGUUUUUAAUAAAACAGACCCAAUUUGAUUGAAACAUGAAAAUAAUUAUAACUCUUUUGUUAAUCCAAUUCGGAUUUCUAUGUGUUUUCGGACUGGAUUGCAGUGGACAACACGAAUUUGAAUACCAAUACACACCUGUCUGUCCCCUAAACUGUCUGACCCUUCACACCGCCCGGUGCUCGUCGUAUAGAAAUGUGUCGUCGUGUCAGUGCACUGACGGCACAAUCAGGGACACGGCAUCUGGAAAAUGUAUAGCUAUGGACCAGUGCCCGAAACAAACCAAACAACAGCCCAUUGAAUGCAAAGUGAAUGAAAGAUACGCGGAAAGUGUGUCGGCCUGUCCGACCUCAUGUGAACAUCCGGUGGGACCUGUAUGUGGGGCCAUCAUCCAUAAGCCUUCGUGUGUCUGUAUAUCGGGAACAGUUCGCGACAAAGUUAACAAUGUUUGUGUCAAAUUUGAGGAUUGUCCCAAACCAUAAUUGUAGACCUUGGUCAUGAUUUCUGUAAUACUGAAAAUAAAUGAUGUAAUAUCAUAGAAAUGAAUGUGAAAUAAAAGAUUGUCGUUAAUGUAAAUGUGAAUUAUUGGUAG